GACGGUGUAUACUACACUUGUUACUUAAAGGAAAACACACCACCAGAUAGUAUCUAUAAAUACAUGUGGAAACUUGGACAGACAGCCACAUACAGUAGACGGAUGACGUUUCCCGAAAGUCACGUGACUCUUUACAGUAAGCCCAACAUGGCAGAUGGAGUAGGUCCUGCACGGUGACUAAAGCAACAUUUCAACUGAAACGGACAAAUUAAACUCCACUCCGCCACGGGACAUCCACUAUGAGGGAGAGACAGAAGAAAAAGAAGGGCAGGACGUGGGCGGAAGCCGCGAAAACGGUUUUGGAGAAAUACCCUAAUACUCCUAUGAGCCAUAAAGAGAUCUUGCAGGUGAUCCAAAGAGAAAGGCUUAAAGAAAUAAGAAGUGGAACCUCGCCGCUGGCAUGUCUGAACGCUAUGUUGCACACAAACUCUCGUGGUGAGGAGGGGAUCUUCUACAAAGUUCCCGGCAGAAUGGGAGUCUACACACUAAAGAAGGACAUCUCAGAAGUGGUGAAGAAGCUGUCAGAGGAGGGCUCUGAUGAGAGCAGUGACAAUCUGUCUGACUCCCGAAGCUCAGAGAACAGCACCGUACCUCCAGAGGGCAGGAGAGGAAGGUGGAUGCGGAGAGUCCCCUCUAAGCUGCAGUCACAGCCAUCCUCUCCGCAGCCCCAGUGCUCAUCGCCUCCUGUCCCCUCCAGUAAACUCAUCUCUCCCUCGCAGAAACACAGCAAGAAAGCACUCAAACAGGCGCUGAAGCAGCAGCAGCAAAGAAAUCAGCGCAGACAGGGUGGUAUGCCAGCCAUCUCCAGUUCGAGGCUGCUACUAAAGACCAUUAAAGACAUGGCAGAAAACAUUACAACAAAGACGGAGUUGUGCCACCCUGUCGUACCCAGAAAAGUUCCCCAAAGGUCCGGUCGCCUCAGUGCAGGGCAAAUAAAGCGUACAAAGUGUAAAAUAGACGUGGAAACACCGGACUCUAUUUUGGUUAACACCAAUCUGAGAGCACUCAUCAACAAGCACACCUUCUCAGUCCUGCCUCCUGACUGUCAGCAAAAGUUGGUCAAACUCCUGCCUGAAGUUGACCGACAGGCUUGCUUGGACGGCCUUCUGAAGGUCACAAGCUCUGCUUUAAACAAUGAAUUCUUUGCAUCGGCAGCACAGUCUUGGAAGGAGAGAUUGGCUGAAGGGGAAUUCACACCAGAGCUGCAGCUCCGAAUGCGUCAGGAAAUUGAGAAGGAAAAGAAAGUCGAGCACUGGAAGGAAGCGUUCUUUGAAAAUUAUUAUGGGGAAAAUUCAGGCCUCAGCUAUGAGGAAGCCAAAGAGCUGAUAAAACCUGAUGUGAAUAAAGAGCCUAUCAGGCGCCGGUCUCCUGUUGGUCAGACAAAUCCAGCUCCUCAGGCUCUGGAGGACAAAAAGAGCAUCAAGGACUGUAUUCAGACUGAUGCUACCACUAAAGACAAGAAACCAACUGAGAAACUGCCGGAACCUCCGAAGGAGCCACCCAGACACAAAGAGACCAUCCCCACCACAGAGCCCAUGAAGACACGGCGAUCACAUCAUGCAGAGGAUCGAAAGUUGAACACAGCUGCACAGACUGGGCCAACGGCAGCCAUGAAAACACCAGAAGCUGAGAAACUGACUGAACAGAGCUCAAAAAGCACACAUCAAGAGAAGCAACACAAAGAGGAUAAAGAGGAAAAGAAAGCUGAACUACCCGAGUCGCCUGUGAAGAAAAGCCUCCCACUAAAGGCUUGUUCAGAUAUAAAAGAUAAUGAGCUGGUGACUGUGGUUAAACCUGCUCCGGAUGACGAAGAGGUAACCGCAGAGCCCACUGGUGGCUCGGAUGCCCAGAAGAGAAAAUCACUCAGUGAGACAGAAGGUGAAGUGACACCUGAGAAAAGACCUCGUUUGUCUUCCGUUUCCUCAGUGUCUUCGGUCUCCUCUGCAUCUGCAUCUGCAUCUCCAUCAGCAUCAUCCAUAUCCAGCCCGGCCACGCCAUCUCCGACAGGUCAAAGGGUCCCGCCUCUCAAGAUCCCAGUGUCACGAAUUCUUCCUGUCCCUCUGUCACCAAGCCAAGUAUCACCAAGAACUCCCCUUCAUGGCCCACUCAGCAGCCCAGGGCGUACUGGAGCUCGCACGUUGGCUGACAUUAAAGCCAAAGCUCAGCUUGCCCGAGCACAGAGAGCAGCAGCCGCCGCAGUGUCAUCUGCAUCAAAGGGACCAGUGCCAGGCCCGGGGCCUGGGGGAGGUAGCAGUAGUGAUCACAGGCAGCCAUCACCCAGCCUUAGCCUCAGCCCAACUUCCCCACAUGCCUACACCAGGUUACCAGCUGCAGGCAGAAACAGCGAUCCGUCCAGUGCGCUUUCUCCUCCGUUUAGCGCAGAUCAGUCUCCGAUGUCUCACUCAAGAACAGCUGAUGACAGGCUCAACAGACAUUUUGCCGGUACAGUCAGUACAGGGCUACAGAGCAUGCAAAGGAGCGCCAGUGCUUCAGAAGAACUUUCAUCUGUGCAGGCUAUGGAGGAUAAGAAAGCCCCACCAAGUACUGUGCCAUUAACCAGAAGCAGUUCUUACAUUCCUGCAAACAACCCCCUUGUGACACAGUUGCUGCAGGGAAAAGAAGUUCCACUGGAUCAGAUUCUCCCAAAACCCCUAUCCAAUGUGGAAAUGAGGGUGUCAAACCUGGCUUCUGGAAGUAAGGGGAAAACACAACAUUUUGUUGUUCACAGUGGAGAUAAGCAGAUGGCUUCACAAACCAACACAGCUGGGCGAGCUGUAGGUCUCUCAGAUUUCGCAAAAUAUCACAGGGGGCUUCCUGAUAAGGAAACCCAAGAGCAGAUCCUGCAGACUCUAAUGCAGAGGAAGGCCCAACAACAGAUCCAGCCUUCUGGAGGUGCAGGGCCGCAGCCCACACAGCACAAAGUUUCACAGAUGAUACAUGGGGAGGAGUGUCGGGAGCAGUCCAGAGUUUUGGUUGGCUUUCUGGGCCGACAAAAGAUUCCCAGGCCUGCCAUGACUGGGCAUUACCUGCUCAAUGUGUCUACAUAUGGCAGAGGAUCAGAGAGCAAAAGACUGCAGCUGUCACUCUGUCCCAACAAAUGUGUGUCUGAUUUAAAAAGGGAAAGCACAGAAGGAAAGGAGGCUGCUAAGAAGGAAGAACUAGUCAAAAAAGAUUUCAUGUCCAUUACUAGGGUAAAAACUGAGCACCAGGGAUGUUCAGUUACCAGGUCUGACAACACAGCAAGUUUUCAGCAUUGCUCCAGCAUAAAGACUGAGCCUGGAUCCGAGAAUAAUGGAGCCGGUGGUGACAACAGCAGCACCAGUGCAAAAGCCAAAGACACCAGCCCUUUUUCUCCGUCACAUCGAAGUCCCCUCGAACUCCGCAAUAGCAAUCAAGGAAACUCUGAGCCAUAUCUUACCCACAUGGACCCAAGUCACCAGCUGCCGACUGCCUUUCAGAGAACACUUGACAAUCAGGAAUCCGCGGUAGCCUCAAGCUACGGCGGCACUAUCAGCAUGUCUGUACCUCACACUCUUAACCACAACACUGCAGGCACCGGCUCUUCCACAUCGUCAUCGGAGGUCAACGGUGGGGGAAUCUGUGGGAGCGUCAUGUCGUUCUCAGUGACUGUCACCACGAUACCAGCCGGUCACAUGUUAGACCACGGCAAUCAGGGUGAGACCUCGCAUGAGCAGUCGUUUAUCGAGGGCUCCAACAUGGAGGACGUCCAGUCUAAAUGCUACUGCCGACUGAAGGCAAUGAUAAUGUGCAAAGGCUGUGGAGCCUUCUGUCACGAUGACUGUAUUGGCCCUUCAAAGCUGUGUGUGUCAUGUUUAGUGGUACAAUAAUUUGAAAUUAAUAAUAACUAAGUGACGUAAUGGUUUCAUUAGGCAUGGGCCGGUAUGUACAACAGUAAUAUCAGGGUAUCUUGGAGAAAAAAACAAUUGAGAACAAAGUGUUUUUUUGUUGUCUAUCCAUUUCAAGAAAAAGUGGGAAAGUAAAGUAAAUUUUUUUUUGAAGAAAACAAGUUAAAAUGUCAAGGAAAAGAUCAAAAUGGGACAGUCAAAAUGUCAAAAAUCAAAGACUUUAUCAAGAAAAAGUUAUAACGACAAGAAAAAAACUAAAUGUUAAGAAAAAGUUAGAAGAAUACUCUUUCAAAACAAGAAGAAAGUCAAACUUUAGAGAAGAAAGUAGAAAUGUCCAAGCAGAAAAUUAUACAUUUUUAAAUAAGAAAAGAAAAAAAAGUUAAUGAGAUUAAAUUUCAUUAAACAAAGCAUCGGCACAAAGAUCUAUUAUUUUUAGCCUUGUGUGUUAAGCUGUUCUAACAAAACAGCAGUUUCAGCAUGUUGCCUGCUCUUCUUUCAAAUAUUAUAUCCACUUUACUCUAAACAUUUUGACUUGAGCCAUAAAAUAGUUUUUCCAUUUCUUUUCCAUACAUUGUACUGUUUUUCUCAACAUUUUAAAUAAAAUUAAGAAUUUACUUUGGAUCUUUAUACUCAAUAUUUGGACUUCAAAUUUAGUUUGUCCUUCAUUUAACCCUAGUGCACCAAUAGCCGGUAUGACAUUCUCACAGUAAGCUUAAGGAAAAACAACACAUUGUAAUUGUAUCACAAGGUCUACAGAAAAAAUUUAAACAAGAAUGUUUAACAAAAUCUAAUUGCUUUUAUUUUAAAAUUGAAAACAAAAUAUUUCUAAUGCUGGUCAAAUAAUAUAAUGAUUUAAAUAUAUGGAUUAUUACAGUUGUAAUACUAUAAAUAUUUAUUUUGAUUUUUCUUCAUUGACUAAACCAAAAAUGUUAAAUAAACACCCCCUUAAUUUAGUAGAAGUUUUCAAGUACUUGUGAAGAAUACUUUUUGUGCUGCUGUUUCAGGGUUUUUUAUUUUUUUAAACCAUUUUGAUUCAAAGACCUAGAUGAGUUUAAAAAAAUAGCUUUAGUAGAUUUAAUAACACACCUAACUAAUAACUGACUCAUUACAAAUCUUGGGUUUAAUAUAACUUUGACAAUAUCACUAGGUGUUUCUUUUAGCUCCUGCUUAUCUAACCAGGUGAACACACAUUGGACUGGCCAUAACCUUAGCCUUCAGCUAAAGUGGAACCAAACAACUCAUAAGCACUGAACUUUAGCCUUGGGUAUUUUUCCUCUCAAAAGUAUUACAUGUUUUAAAAUCAAACUGUAGGAGGUCUGAGUGUCAUGUCAUGGAGUAGUUGAAGGCUGCCUAGAUGCUGCUGUUGUUUGUUCUAAUAAGUUAAAUUAAUAAGGGUGUUAUUGAAACACUUAAAUUCUUCAGUUUGUUUUGUUUUGUUUUAACAAUUAUUGACAACUGGUUUUAGCCAACAAUUAAAAUCCCUUUUUCGAAACUCACCCUUAAAUCUAAACCUUCCCAUAACCCAGGGGCAGAAUGACAUAACAAGAACGUUUUUAAUAAUUGUUGCUGCAGUAGUUUCCACAUCAUGACUGUAAGUGUUCUAGGUAAUGUGAACUAUUUCCAAACAGCUACAUUUGUCUUUCUUUGAGGGAGAAAUGUGUAAGAGCCGUUUUUUUUUUUUUUUCCAAAUGGGAGACGGCCCCCUUAUUAUAUGGUCCAGAGAUACUCUGUUCACUCCAGCAAUUUUUCUGGCGUCUCAUCAAAUAAAAUAUAAACCCUACAAACAUGAUGACAAAUAAUGUAGAUUUUUAACUUUUAGUAUACCUUGAUACCGGUAACCUGCCCAUGCCUAAAGUUUAUAUGUUGUUGAGGCACAAAAUGGCAUCAGAUUAUUUAGAAUGAAUACAAAAUGUGGUGAGACAUAUUAAGUGUUCUACGUCUGAAACAGGCAGGAUCUGAUCACUGUUGGAAAAGCAAGAAUUUACACUGGAUGGUCUUGUUUUUUCAUUCAUAUAUGUUUUUAGACUUGCCAAUCAAUUCUCAGUCAGUUUAGUAGUCUGUCAGAUAUGAGAGAUAUCUCACAUUCAACAAAGUUUGCACUCAGCUAGAUUAGUCUAUAUUUUUAUAAACAUGUGUAUAGUUUUUAAAAAUAAGGAGGGAAAAUGAAUGUUGCUAUUUUUAGGACUUCAUGACUGUUCUUGUGUUGAUACUGAACUUUUUAUUUUUGGGUUAAUUUGGGUCAUUUGUGAGAAAUGGCACCUGAGAAAAUCAUGGGUUGUAAUUGUUAAACUUUUUGAAGUUUUGCAAAAGUCUGCCCAUGUGGAUUGCACAAAAUAAUGGUAUCAAACCAAUCCAAACCAAGGCCUGCAAAGCAUCAAGAUGUAAAGUUGUAACUCAGGAUAGCACUUAAAUUCAAACAAUUUAAAUAGAACAUGCUUUAAUCUUCCCUGUUCAAUUUUAUCUUUAUCGGAAAAAAGUCUUAUGUCAACUACUACUGUUUAAAGUCACAGUUUCUCUCCCUAAAACUGUUGUGUUCAUCAAGUUUCCCAUAAAUAGUUUUUUUAAAUUGUUAUUUACGUGUAUAAACUGAUAAGCUGCGGCUAAAAGUUAACAGAAAAACACUCAAGGCAAAGGGAGAAAAUGAAGACCUUUCUUUCACUGUAAAUAUUAGAUGUAGGUAUUCAUUAUUUUUUGUGCAGCACACCUUACUUAACUAUAUCCAAUUUUUUAGUACAAAAAGAUAUUUAACAAUGGAAAGAAAAAUGUUGUAGUCAAAUGAUUGUAGGUUUUCUAAAAUGAUCUGGAGGUACAAUAGUCACAAAUUUAUAGAUGAGUAUAACAGUUUACCUCUGACCUUCUGCCAUAAAAUGAAACCCCUUCUCUUCCAUUUUAAGAUGGUGUGAGGUGUUGUAAGCCUAAUUAUUUGCAAUCACCUUUGUGAUGUAGAAUAAACUACGUUUGUUAUGAUAACACAAUGUAAGUCCUUACCUAACGCCAUAUGAUGUGCAAAAGGAUCAGUGGGAAGUUGUUAACUCAUGUCUUUUAUUUCUACUAGGGAAUAAAAAUGAAAUAUAUUUUAUAAUCUCCAGGAUGGGCUAAAUGUUCCUGUUUUAUAGCCGUUUUUUUCAAUGGUAAAAUGCCAAAGCCACCUUAAAAAUCUAAAAUAAUCAGAAGUUGUUUGUAAUCUUAGUCUUGGUAAUCAAAGUAAUAUAUUUUAAUUAAUAUAUUUUAAUAUAAAAGAACUAUUUGCUAUUUUUUGGGACAAAACAUGGUAUUUACUAUAGUAAUAUAUUGCCUGUCUUUUUUUCCUAUAAUUUUGUGUAGACAGGACAGACCACCAUAAGGAAUGAUUUAACUUUGUGUCUGAAAUAGCCCAGGUAUAUCUGAAAUUCUGUGUGAACAAGUCAAUCCAUUUGUCUAAAUUGUUCUAUGGAGACUUUGUAUGUGUUCAUCCUUUGUCUACAAUUGUGUCAUUACCUUGGUUUUAUGAACUAUAUGGCAAUCUAAAAUUUUAGGUUAAUCAAUUUUUAUGUUUUUUUCUUGAAACUGGAUGGUCAUGUCUGUUAAGUUUGGGUUUCAGAGUAGUUACAGAUAGUUACACGAUUUUAUGUGAAAAUGCAGGUCUUACUUGGCUAAAUAGAAUUACAGACAUCUGUAUUUACACAGUUAAAUUUUGGGACUGGAUUGCACUUCAAGAAAGGCAGCUGAUGUCCUUGUUGACGACUGAAACGUGCAUCAGGCAGCAGUCUUUAUUAUUUCUGAACCUACCUGUUUGUAUACAUUCAGAUGAGCGGUUAAUCGAGAAAUAACUGGGUUGAGGUUACUGAUUCCAAUCACCAUUUUUCAACUGUAACAUUUGUCACUAGUUUCAUUUGUUACACGUCUGUUUCAUUCUGUGUCCAGUAAAACUCCAGUGAAUGUAACAUGGUAAUCUGCACUUGUAAACAAAAUGUAUUUUAAAGUUAUAAUCUAUUAUAAAUAAAUAAUACAAGAAAUUA